GCCAAAAACCAACUUGGGGAGCUGGGCGCUGGCCAACCGUCACCCUCUGCCUCCCUGCAUGGAUCCUGUUGCUGAGGAGAAAGAAGCCCCAGGCAUCGCUGUAAGAUAACCAAGGACUCUUUUUUGCUCUUCUCACACCUUUGAAGUGGGAACCUCUUGAGGCAAAUCAACAAGAAUGUGGCUCUUGCAGCUGAGGGUCCGGGGCUGUUGGGGCUGCUCAAGGUGGAGGGGCAGUGACAGGCUCUGCUGGACUGAUAGCUUUAAAAGGCCAUCUUCUGCUGCUCUUCAUUCAGCUGCUUUAUCACUGCAAGUGACAGAAUGGGGAGGGUUCCGUCCCUCUUGCGCUCUUGGAGAGCCGGGGGGCUAUAAAAAGAGGAGGUGCAGGGCAGCUGGGAGACAGAGCCAGACGGAGGCUGAGAGAGGGAAACGAGAGGACAGAGAGGCAAUAAGAACCAGGCCACUCCUUGAGCGACGCCAGCAUGAGCGCCCCCACCACCACCGCAAGCUUCCUCCUCUUCCUGGCAUUUCAGCUCCUGGGGCAAACAGGAGCUAACCCUGCGUAUGGCUCUGUGUCCAAUGCAGACCUGAUGGAUUUCAAGAAUUUGCUGGACCACUUGGAGGACAAGAUACCUUUAGAAGAGGAGGUCAUGCCCCCACAAAUACUAAGUGAGCAGAAUGAGGAAGCUGGGGCGGCUCUCAGUCCCCUCCCUGAGGUGCCUCCCUGGACGGGGGAGGUCAACCCAGCCCAGAGAGAUGGGGGCGCCCUUGGGCGGGGCCCCUGGGACGCCUCCGAUAGAUCUGCCCUCCUGAAAAGCAAGCUGAGAGCGCUGCUUGCUGCCCCUCGGAGCCUGCGGAGGUCCAGCUGCUUCGGAGGCAGGAUGGACAGGAUUGGAGCCCAGAGUGGACUGGGUUGCAACAGCUUCCGGUACCGAAGAUAAUGGCCAGGGAGGAAAAGGCGGGCCAGGCCCUGAGCAGAUUUCGAGAGACCCUCAUCCCUUGGGGUCUCACACUCAACUUUGUCCCAUCUCAUUGCCAUCGAGUUGAGCCGUGACGAGCACCGUAUUCAAGCUGCAGCCUCUUGGCAACAUUUCUCACAUUUUAUGCUAAAUGUAGAUAAAGUGGUUUAACUGUGGCUUCCCCACUUCUCCCAUCCCAUGCAUUAAAUUUUAGGAUAGACACUCCACCUGUUAUUGAAAGCGGUUUGAAAAAUGAAUAAACUUCAGCACCACGGACAGAAGCCAA